AUGAUAAACCAAUAUCUUCGUGGAGAGAUACAGCUCGACGACCAUGCGGUCCAUCUGCUCUUCUCCGCGAACCGGUGGGAGGCUGCAGCGCAGAUACGACAAGAUAUAGAGUCCGGAAUCACCGUCAUCGUUGACCGAUACUCGUAUUCGGGGGCAGUAUACUCAGCUGCAAAGGAGAACAAGGAACUGCAGCUUGACUGGGCAUGGAGACCUGAGGUAGGGCUACCUCGACCUGAUAUCUGGUUCUUUUUGAAUAUCUCAAUCGAAGUUGCGGCUGCAAGAGGGGGUUACGGAACUGAGAGAUAUGAGACUGUCAAUCUGCAGAAGAAAGUCGGAAAGCUAUUCCUCUCCUUGACUGAGCUGAAGGGCAAUGAAGAUAUGAGGGGCCGCUGA